GAAAUCAGUUAAUGAGAAGAUAUCGAGUAGAUCACACGUUUCAAAAAUAUAACGGAACAAUUUUUUUGUUUUUAAAAAAUUAAAAUUUAUUUUGAAAAAGAUCUACUUAAUUAAAAAAACGAAUUAUUUUAAAUUAAAAAAAAUCAUCACAUAAAAAAGUUACGUUCGUUACCUUCUAUACUUUGGAUUACGGUUACGGUUUGAUCUUUUUAAAAUUCAAUUAAAAAGAAAGAAUAUUUUAACAAGAGAAUAUAAACAAACAAAUAAAUAUAAUGAACGCUCUAAAUAAUAAAUAGAGAAAAAGUGUUUAAUUACCACCUCAAACGAAAUCAGUGAAAUUUAAUAACAAAAUAAAAUACGAAAAAUGAAGCAGUUAAAAAAACUUAAAUUAUAAUCAGCAAUACACGAAGUAAUACAAAAUCUAUAUUUCAUUUUGAAAUAAAAAAUAAAAGAAAUUUAUCAUAAGUUAAGAAGAAAAUUAAGCAAAAGUUUUAUAAAAGUGCAUAAAGAUGGCACUCAUAUCAAAAACCAUCUUGUCAGUGCUAAUCUCUUUCAUAAUUCCGGUACUCGGCGCGGCCUUAAGUAAAACGGUGCUAUAUCAAGCUCCCGAUGAGUGUCGUUGGUCCGGUUCAAAUGAAAACGAUAUUACACUAGUUUGUCAUUUGCGUACAAUUAAUUCGGAACUCGAAAAUACCAAUUUUAGUGUCAUACAACCACAAAACACCAUUCGUCUAAAACUCGAAUGCAAUGACGCUUUGUUCUUCCAGAGCAGCCUCAGUCCCGACAGUUUCCGUUCCCUUGUAGAAUUGCGUGCUCUUACCAUUGAGUAUUGCAAACUUGGCAAUUUAACUGAUGGUUCUUUUCGUGGCCUGCAAGAUUUGCGCAAUCUGACAAUUCGCACCCACAAUGGCGAUUGGUCAACAAUGUCUUUGGAUAUUUCACCAUCCAGCUUUAGUGAAUUUCGUCAACUCGACCGUUUGGAUGUAAGCCUCAAUAAUAUUUGGUUAAUUCCAGAUGGCAUGAUAUGCCCAUUAAAAGUAUUAAAACACCUGAACAUCUCCCAUAAUGAGAUCCAAGACAUUGGAAACUUCCACUUCAGCGCAUCACUCAGCACUCGCAAAUCACGUAUUUGUGGUUCAUCUUUAAACAGCAUCGAUUUAAGUCACAACAAAAUUGCUAAUCUCCCCUCAGCCAUAUUUUCCGGGUUGGGUCGUUUGACAAACUUGAAUUUAGCUCGAAAUGGCAUGAACUUUAUCGCAGACCGUGCAUUUGAAGGUUUGGUUUCCCUGCAAGUUGUCGAUUUGUCAGAAAAUCGUUUAACAUCCCUCCCACCAGAACUUUUCUCAGAAGCUAAAUUUGUUAAAGAAAUCUACUUGAAAAACAACAGUAUUAAUGUUUUGGCUCCUGGUCUCUUCAGUGAAUUGUCCGAUUUGCUUGUUUUGGAUUUGUCAGCAAAUGAACUUAAUUCACAGUGGGUCAAUUCUGCAACCUUCAUUGGUCUAAAACGUUUGGUGCUCCUUGAUCUCUCAGCAAACAAAAUCAGCAAGUUGGAAGCCAACAUUUUCCGUUCUCUGUCUAGUCUGCAAAUACUCAAAUUGGAGGAAAACUACAUUGAUCACAUCCCAGAUGGUGUCUUCACUGAUUUAACAAACUUGCACACACUUAUCUUGUCCUAUAACCGCAUCUCCGUCGUGGGCCAAAACUCAUUCCGUGGUUUAUAUGGUAUUUUGGCGCUCAGCUUGGAUUACAAUCGCAUUUCGAAAAUUGACACGCAAGCCUUUAAGAACUGCUCUAGCAUAGAGGAUCUACAUCUUAAUGGAAACAAGCUACAAAAUAUACCCGAUGCUCUCUCUUAUGUACCACUAUUGAAGACACUAGAUAUGGGCGAAAAUUUAAUCACGAGCAUUGAAAAUACUUCCAUAACAGUCAUGGAAAACUUGUUCGGCUUGCGCCUCACUGAAAACUCCAUUGACUACAUCAGACGUGGUGUGUUUGAUCGCAUGACUUCAUUGCAAAUAUUAAAUUUGUCUGGUAACAAAAUAAAAGGAAUUGAAGCUGGUGCUUUGCAACGCAACACACAUUUACAAGCCAUUCGCUUGGAUAGCAAUCAUUUGAAAAACAUUGCGGGACUUUUCACUGACUUGCCAAACUUGGUUUGGCUUAACAUGUCGGACAAUCGCCUGGAGAAGUUUGACUAUUCACACAUACCCACUGGCCUCAAAUGGUUGGAUGUGCGUGCCAAUCGUAUUACUCAAUUGGGCAAUUACUUUGAAAUUGAGAAUGAAUUGAGUCUCACCACUUUUGACGCCAGCUCAAACUUGCUUAGUGAAAUAACUGCCGGCUCUAUCCCCAAUAGCAUCGAAGUAUUAUACUUGAAUGACAAUCUUAUCAACAAAAUUCAACCCUACACUUUCUUCAAGAAACCCAAUCUUACAAGAGUAGAUUUAAUACGCAACAAACUCACUACUUUGGAACCCAACGCCUUACGACUAUCUCCCAUACCUGAGGAUCGCGACAUACCAGAGUUCUUCAUUGGCCACAAUCCAUUCCAAUGCGACUGCAAUCUUGAUUGGCUACAAAAGGUUAACAUUGAAUCACGCACUCAGCCCAAACUCAUGGAUUUAGAUCAAAUCUACUGCAAAUUAUCCUACGCACGCGGUAAAACACAUGUACCUCUCAUCGAAGCCAAAUCCAGUGACUUCUUGUGCAAAUACGAAACCCAUUGCUUUGCUUUGUGCCACUGCUGUGACUUCUACGCUUGCGACUGCAAAAUGGAAUGCCCCGACAGAUGUGCCUGCUACCACGACCAGUCAUGGACUUCAAAUGUUGUUGACUGCUCGCGUUCUGGCUACGAUCGUGAGUUGCCUUCUCACAUUCCCAUGGAUUCCACGCAAUUAUAUUUGGAUGGUAACAACUUUAAAGAACUCUCAAGCCAUGCUUUUAUUGGACGCAAACGUUUGAAGGUUUUGCAUUUAAAUCACUCGCGCAUUGAACUCGUGCAAAAUCGUACAUUCUAUGGUUUGUUGGAAUUGGAAGUGCUGCAGUUGAAUCACAACAACUUGCGUCAAUUAAAUGGCAACGAGUUCCAAGGUCUCGAUAAUUUACAAGAACUUUAUCUUCAACAUAACGCCAUAGCUACCAUAGAUUCUUUGACAUUUACGCAUUUGUAUCAUUUAAAAAUAUUGCGUCUAGAUCAUAAUCUCAUUACUGAGUUUGCUGUAUGGAACUUUUUGCCUCCUUAUCUCAAUGAAUUGCGUAUGGCCGGCAAUCCAUGGACAUGCAAUUGUGCAUUCGUAGACAAGUUCCGUGACUAUGUAAAUCGCCAUGAGUCGGUGCAGGACAAGUUAAAGUUAAGAUGUUCUGCUCUAUUGGGCAGCAAUGGUACCGUGGGCAUCAAUGCAACCGCUCUCACGCAACAACCAACAGAACAAUUUACCUUGUAUCUUAGCCCGGAAGUUGUGAAAGAAGGCAAUAUAAGAUACUUGGCUUGUGGCGGUGUCUUGCAACAACAUUUAUUGGGAGUCACAGGCACCAAUGGUGGCUUCCUCAAUGGCGACAUCAACGAUAACAUCAUUAUUAAUGGUAACAUGACCUCCACCAAAAUGAUUUUGUCUCAGCCUCCAAUGCACGAUUAUGUUCCCAUUUUGGUAGCCAUACUGACAGGAUUUGUUUUCGUUAUCAUUUGCACCAUGCUAGUAUUUAUCUUCCGCCAAGAAAUGAGAGUUUGGUGUCAUUCGCGCUUUGGCAUACGUAUAUUCUACAAUAGAAACAAAGAUAUGGACAAAAAUGAACGCGAGAAAUUAUUUGACGCAUUCAUAUCAUACAGCUCAAAAGAUGAGGCAUUUGUUACCGAAGAAUUGGCUCCGUUGUUAGAACAAGGUGACACUCGAUACAAAUUGUGCUUACAAAAUCGUGAUUUUCCAGUCGGUGGUUACAUGGCCGAAUCUAUUGUUCAAGCUAUUGACACUUCAAGAAGAACAAUAAUGAUUCUGUCAGAGAAUUUCAUAAAGUCAGAAUGGUGUCGCUUCGAAUUCAAAUCUGCUCAUCAAUCGGUAUUACGCGAUAGAAGAAGACGUUUAAUUGUCAUUGUUUUGGGAGAAGUACCUCAAAAAGACUUAGAUCCCGAUCUAAGACUGUAUUUGAAAACCAACGCCUACUUACAAUGGGGCGAUAAACUUUUCUGGGAAAAGUUACGUUUUGAUUUACCCGAUGUACCCAACAACCAAAGAAGACCUCAUGGUGUAGCAGGCCACUGCAGCGGAGUAGGUGUUCAUAUGCCAAUGGCUCCUCAUCAUCAUCAUAUGCAGACACAUCAUCUUCAUCACUUACAUCCUCAAGCUCAACUGCAGCAACACCAUUUGCAGCAUGCCAGUUUUCGUUCUCAAAUGCAUCACAACAUCAAUGGCUCCCGCCAGAAUCACAACCGAAACAACACCAAUCCUCAACAGCAGUCCACCAUGCUAAUGGGUCCUCCCUGCCAGCCCGGCCAACCACAACAACAACCAAUGCCUCUGCCAUUGCCACCCACCAACCAAAGCAGUAGUAUUCAACACCAGAGUCUACCUUUGCCACCAUGUCCCAGUCCCAGAAGUGCUACCACACAGUCGUCAGUAGGAGGUAAUUCCUCCAACUCCGGACGGACAGUCGCCGUACAUAUUUAAGCAACAAAGAAAAACACGUUAAUGGGGAACGGAAAACCUAUUACAAUAACAGGCUGAUAAACAUGAAACUGAAACAAACGAUGAAGACAAACUGUCAGACAGACAUACAAACCAGUGAAGCAACCCAAACAGCAACAAACAAGAUACACAAAUUAUGGAGGUAAUAAAGGAGACUUAAAAAUGAGGCAGCACAACAGAAGAAAAAAAAACUAAAAUAAAAAAUUGUAGUCAUAAAGAACCUUUUGGCACAAUGGCAAUGCCAACAAGCGUAGCAAACGAGCCAAGAUGCAAAUGAGCAGUUUCUGCUACUACGCCAACUUCUGCUGGCGACAUUUGUUGCAAAAGCUUGUUGCGCUUUUGCGGUGAAUUCAUUGAGCUCGAAACGCGUUUGCUUGUCGUUGCAGUUGCUGUGCUUUUUACUUGCUUGUUUUUAUUAAACGGUUACAAUGACUUCAAAAGUCAGCAUAAUUUUUUGCCGUUGUUGUUGGUUUCCUUUUCCACCUUGUAAUGAUUCAGAAAAUUGAUGUUGCAUGCAACAACGAAAAAAACAGACAAUUUCAUUUAUUAUGCAAAAAGAGAUACUCAGAGAGACGAAAAAGUAACAAAACAAAGAGAAUAAAAUAAACAAAAUAAAAACCGGCAAAAGACACAGUCUUCUUAUAGACAUGUUAUGCAUAUUUUGCAACAACAACAGCAAACACAUUAAAUUGCACGUCACUAUGUUUUUUUUUUUUAUUAUUUUAUUGUUUCUUUUUGGUCUUUUGGCCAGACCAGGAACACCGAGGGUUAGACAUACUUGUACGAAUACAUGCAAAGCAACCAGACAGCUAAAGAAAAUGCAAUAAAAACAACUACAGGAAUAAAACCUGACGUCUUGGCGAUCACUAAAUGGACAAUGUUGGAUUUGUAUUUUUGUAUGUUUUUUUCCUCAUUUUGCCCAAAACGAAAUGCAACAACUAAAUUGAGGACAAGAAAUGCAGAAUUUUCGGUCUUUACAGUCGACAAACAACUGCUCGUCUACAUUUAUAUGUCUGUCUGGCAUGUAGUCAUCAUGCAGAGGCAACAACUACAUCAGCAGACAUUUUAAAAAAAGAAAAUAGAUUUCUUUCUUUUAGGCUAAAAUUUCAAACAACGGAAAUUUUUACCUAACAAAUUGCUACAUUUGUUGCACUACCAAAAAUACAUGCAACUAAACGAAAACCAAAAGAAAGGCAAUCUACUAUAUAAUUCAUUUCAAACCAAAAAACCGAAAAGGCUUUCUAAACGUUUCUCUUUUUUCAUUUUCUUUCUUCACUUAUCCCCUACCACCAAAUAAGAAAACUUUUUUUGGCAAAAUAUAAAAAAAUACAAAACUAGACGAAUUGAAAACAUUCCAAGUUAAAAAAGGUAAAAAUUAAAUAAAUGUUAAAAAUACUUCAAGUACACAACAACACUCAAAAAGAUUAUGUUGUACAGAUGCAAAACAAAACUAAUUAAAAUUUUUUAAAAAACUAUGGGGUUUUUUGCAAAAUUAUAUAAAAAUGUGAUAUAAUAUUAAAUUUUAAGUAAACUGUUAACUACGUCCUGUAUAUUUAAAGUAAUAAUAAUAAUAACAAAAACGCUUAGUUGUAAGAUUUAGAUAAGAACAAUAAUUAAUAAUAAUAAUGUCCUCCCAGUCAAUAAUAAAUUCAAUAAAAAAACAAUUACUUUUGUAAAUAAUAUAGAAAAUAAAUUAAAUGAAAUAUUUACUUGGUACUUAAGAAAUGAAAAUCAACCACCUCUUUUAUUGAAACUAAUGCAAAACAGCCAUAUUUUUCUUAUAAAUCUAAAAGUGAAAAACACGCUCUCUCUAAAACUAUUUACACUCGAAGAAAAAAAACAAGUAUAAAAAGUAUUUACCAUGUUAAAUAGUGACUGAUUAUGUUUAUAAGUUUAAAAUACAAUGAACAAAUGAAACAACAACAAAAUUGUAAAAUAUUUUUUAAGUUUUUUAUUUUGUAAAAUUUGUAUUUUUGUAUAUAAAUUUGUAUGUAUUUUAUAA